UUCAGCAGUUCAACUGGACUUGAAUGCACUCGAGCAACAGGUUUGCAUAAGAGGCAAAAUAUUAUACUGCUCCUAACAUUAAUCACUUGGAAUUAAUAUUGCAAUAAUUGACAAGAUGAAUCGCAAAUUAUACACAAUCGACGACUUCCCGAGUCUGAAAGCCAAACAUGUGCAUAUCCAAGAUGAAGCAACAGUUUUGAAAAAAAUUAACAUUAUGAUAAAUGGAGGGAGUGAUAAAUUACAAGUAGUUACAGAUUUUGACUUUACUUUAACAAAGACCCAUAAGAAUGGCAAUAAAACACUUAGUAGUUUUUGUAUAUUUGAAAAAUCAAAGCAAUUGCCAGAGGCUUAUUUCUUAGAAUCUCAAAGAUUGUUAAAUAAAUAUAGACCUAUUGAACUGGAUCCUAAAAUCCCUAAAGAAGAAAAAAUAAAAGCUUUGGAUGAGUGGAUGAAUCUUUGUAAUGAUUUGUACCAAGGACUUCAUUAUAAUAUUGAUGAAUUAGAUAAGCUUGUUGAAGAAUAUGGUGAAACUCUUCGUGAUGGCACUAUUGAAUUAUUUGAUCAUUUGAAAAUUCAAGAAGUUCCUGUCCUUGUAUUUAGUGCAGGACUAGGAGAUGUAGUAAAAUCAGUUUUGAAGCAUCACAAAAUUCUACAUGACAAUGUUAACAUUGUAUCAAAUUUCCUCAAAUUCAAUGGAAAUGUAACAGAGGGUUUUCAGAAUCCUGAAAAACUAUUACAUGUUUAUAACAAAAAUGAAGAAUCAGUGGAUGAAAAAUAUCAUGAACUUUUGAAAGAACGUACUAAUAUACUGCUUAUGGGUGAUUCUUUGGGCGAUGCUAAUAUGGCUGAUGGAGCUAGUAAGGAAUCAGUAAUCUUGAGAAUUGGAUUUCUUUAUCAUCAUGUGAGUACUCUUGAGUUACUUUUAAAUCAUUUUUUAACUCAGUUAUAACAUUUUAGACAUACU